AUGAAGUUGGACAGAGUACAACACGAUUCAUAUCGUGAUGCGUGUUUUUCUCUCGGUCUGGUGGAGGACGACAAAGAGUACAUUGAAGGGAUUAUCGAGACAAGCCAGUGGUCGAGUACCAAUUCGUUGAGAAACCUUUUUGCUACUUUGUUGUCUUCUGAUACUCUCGGUCUACCGGAGUUCGUGUGGGAUUCAUGUUGGCCUUACCUAUCGGAUGAUAUAUUAUAUAAUCGUCGGAGGGAUUUACAGCACCCAGAAUUGGUUUUGAGAGAUGAUGAAGUCAAGAAUCUGGCAUUGGCGGAGGUUGAAAAAAUUUUGCGCAGACAU